AUGAGCUAUAUAUUUUUGUACACAGAAGAAAUUGACAGUCUGCUAGAAGAUUAUAGGAAAUUAUUAAGUGAUUUAAAGAAAGUGGUAGACACAAAUGAUGAGAAAAAUACGAAUAAAUAUUUUGAUGAUAUUAACUUUUUAAAUGAGAGAAUAAAAACAGCUAAAGAUGCAUAUUUUAUUGAGGUACGUAAUUUACCAGAAGAGGAGCAGAAUAGUUAUAUUUUAAAAAUAAAAGGGAAAAUGUCAAUUUUGGAAGAUCUAAAUAUGCAAUUCGAAUUCAUAAAAAGUAAAUUAAUUUAUGAGAGCAAGGAAGUCAAUAGGAAUAAAGAAAGAAAUGAAGUGAGAUAUGUAACUCCUAAAGAUAUGGAAAUACGAGGAGAUUAUAUUCAAGAUCAAACACAAGAAUCUAUCUUUCGAAUGAAAAUGAUGGUAGAUGAAUCAGAACAAAUAACGAAAGAAGCUGCAGUUAAAUUAAGUGAACAAAAUGAAAAAUUACAAAAAGUAAAAGAUAAAGUGGAUGAUGUUGAUACAAAUGUUUCAAGUGCAAAGGAAACUUUAAAAGAGAUAGCCAAGGAAGCUGUAACAGAUAGAUUUGUCCGUAUCUUAUCUCUUCUUAUAUUUAUCGUUUUGAUAAUUCUUAUUGCUGUAAUUUCUAUUUCGAAGAAGAAAUAA